UCACAACUCCAACUCUACGCCAUCCAUCACGCGUUAGAUCAACGCUCCAAAACUCUUACAUACCAAACUUAGGGUUCUUCAUCUUCUUCCAAUUAAAACCCUAAUCCCCAAAUUCUCAACAAAUUCACACAAUUUCCGAUCCUAUUCCCUCUGAUGAUCACACACAUACAUGGAUUACGAUGGAGGAAAACGAGUUUUCAACAGAUUAGGCCCAACUCAACCACAAACUGAUAAUCGAAAUCAAAAAGUAUGCUACCAUUGGCGAGCAGGCAACUGCUCCCGCUUCCCCUGCCCGUUUCUACACCGCGAGCUAUCCGCGCCGGUCAACGGAACGACGUCUUCGUCGUCGUCGUCGAAGAGAUCUCACGGUUUUGAUAAUGAUCAACGGUCCACAGUGGCACGACGCGGUGGUUCUAAUCUUAACACGUGGGGACGCGGUGGUGGAAGAGGAGGAAACGUUAUAAACAAUAAUAAUAAUAAUAAUGUUAAUAGUAGAGGUGGUGGUACUGGUACUGGUGUUGGUGUUAAGAAAGAUAAGGUUUGUAAUUUUUGGAUACAGGGGAGUUGUAGUUUUGGGGAGAGGUGUAGGUAUAUGCAUUCAUGGUGUACUGGUGGCUUUGGGAUGUUGACACAGCUUGAAGGUCAUAAGAAAGUUGUGAGUGGUAUUGCGCUGCCGGCUGGAUCGGAUAAGUUGUAUACGGGUAGUAGAGAUGAGACUGUCAGGGUCUGGGAUUGCCAAUCUGGACAGUGUGCAGGGGUUAUUAAUUUGAGUGGUGAAGUAGGAUGUAUGCUCAGUGAAGGCCCAUGGAUGUUUGUGGGUCUGCCCAAUCUUGUAAAAGCAUGGAAUGUUCAAACAUCUGCCGAGUUGAGUCUUAAUGGACCUGUUGGGCAAGUCUAUUCUAUGGUUGUAGGCAACGGGUUACUGUUUGCUGGUACUCAGGACGGGAGUAUAUUAGCAUGGAAGUACAAUGCUGCCACUAACUGUUUUGAACCAGCUGCGUCACUUCACGGGCACACGUCAGCUGUUGUGACACUUGUUGUUGGAGCAAAUAGAUUGUACUCCGGUUCUAUGGAUAAAUCCAUACGGGUUUGGAACCUUGAGAACUUGCAGUGCCUACAGACAUUGACGGAUCAUAAUGAUGUUGUGAUGUCGGUUCUUUGCUGGGAUCAGUUUCUUUUGUCAUGUUCACUAGACAAAACAAUAAAGGUGUGGGCGGCUACAGACAGUGGGAACUUGGAAGUAACCUACACGCAUAGUGAGGAACAUGGCCUGCUCACUUUAUAUGGGAUGCACGAUCUAGAAUCCAAGCCCGUCCUCCUUUGCUCUUGCAACGACAACACUGUUCGUGCAUAUGACUUGCCAUCGUUUUCUGAAAGGGGGAAAAUAUACGCAAAACAAGAGAUUCGAUCUAUACAUGGCGGCCCUAAUAUUUUCUUCACCGGAGACGGAACAGGACAAGUGAGAGUUUGGCAGUGGCUAGCGGACCAAUCAGCCACCACCACAGCCGCACCCGCUUGAUUUAUUACAGUUCUACCCUUCAUAUCGAUUCUUCUUUUGUAACAUAAUGAUGAAGUUAUUAUCGGUUGUCUAAGUCGUGUGAGCAGCAUAUUGUAAUAUUUUGGACAAAUUUUGUAUCAGUUGAGGUUUCAUAGUGGAAAUUUUUGGACUUUACU